CCAUCUUAGAUGUAGAAUGAACGAUGAAUUAGGGUGUCUAUUAAACAUUAAGUUCAUUUAAAAUGAGGGAGUAGUAUUAAAAAGAAGCAUUAGAGUUUGGUUCUUAUCACUUUCUUUUAGGCUCAAAAACAAAUCCCUGUAACAUUAGAAUGGCAAGAUCACACAGUUUCAUCAUGCUGCUGUUUCUACUACAGCUUAUCAAUAACAGCAGCAGUCAUGAAGAGUGCAGAGAAUUGUCAUGUGGACCUUACGAACCGAUUAUUCGAUUCCCCUUCCAACUUGUUAAGGAAUCAUCACAACAUGAAUGUGUUUAUCCUGAGUUUUGCCUAUAUUGUACUCAAAACAAGAACACCAUGAUGGUGUUAUCUACCACUUCAGGUCCAUUCAUAUUCUUUGUAGAUUACAUAGACUACGAAUCAAACCAACUUUCAAUUUCGGACCCAGACAAUUGCAUUUCGGAAAAAAUUCUGAAACUUAACAAGACCUCAUUUCCACCUUACCGAUUUUAUUCAGAAUCAAUAACAAAAUCAUCUUUCUUCAAUUGUUCUUCAUUUAAGAAACGACACCUGAGAAACGAAGAUCAAUCAUCUCAACGGUCACAAGAUAUGAUCACCUGUCCAAUUUACAUUUCUGAUUCCUACGACAGUGUCAUCGCAUUGGACCUUGUAUCGUGUACGAAAAUGUUUGACACGUCAAACAUAUUUGUGCAGUAUCUUUCCGUCAGUUUGAGUUGGCCUGAACAAAAUUGUACAAAAUGCAAAGCUAAAAGCAUGAAAUGCAAAUGGAAGAACAACAAUACCAAAGGCAAAACUGAAUGUUUUGAUUGUAACAAAAAAAGGAAAACAAUUCAAAUUCCAAAAUCUCUUAUAUACGCCUCUACAGGUUCAAUUCUUUUGGGGCUGGUUCUCAUCGCUUUAUUUAAGAUACAUCUCUAUUUUAGAAAGAAAGAAGAGGAUCAAAUUAGAGUUGAUAAGUUUUUAGAGGAUUAUCGAGCUCAAAAACCUACUAGAUUUUCUUAUGCUGAUAUAAAAAGAAUUACAAACGGGUUUAAGGAAAAACUUGGAGAAGGAGCUCACGGAACUGUGUUUAAAGGAAAGCUCUCGAGUGAGAUUCUUGUGGCGGUGAAAAUGCUCAAUGGUACAGAGGGAGAAGGAAAAGAGUUUAUAAAUGAAGUGGGAAUUAUGGGAAAAAUCCACCACAUCAACGUGGUUCGUUUGCUUGGUUUUUGCGCAGAUGGAAUUCACCGUGCUCUUGUAUACAAUUUGUUUCCAAAUGGUUCGCUACAAAGCUUCAUAUUUCCACCGGAUAACAAGGACCAUUUCAUGGGGUGGGAGAAGCUACAACAAAUUGGUAUUGGUAUAGCCAAAGGAAUUGAGUAUCUUCAUCUCGGUUGUAACCAUCCAAUCAUUCACUUUGACAUCAACCCUCACAAUGUUUUGCUAGAUGAAUCCUUUACUCCAAAAAUUUCGGACUUUGGUCUCGCCAAAUUAUGUUCCAAGAAUAUUAGUGUUGUGUCCAUGACAGCGGCUAAGGGAACCUUGGGAUACAUGGCGCCUGAAGUUCUAUCAAGAAAUUUUGGGAAUGUGUCUCUUAAGUCAGAUAUUUACAGUUACGGAAUGUUGUUGCUAGAAAUGGUUGGAGGGAGAAAGAAUGUAGACACGUCUGCAGAAACUUUUCAUGUGCUAUACCCAGAAUGGAUCCAUAACUUAUUGGAAGGAGAUAUAUGUAUCCAUAUUGAGGAUGAAGGCGAUCUUAAAAUUGCAAAGAAACUUGCAAUUGUUGGACUUUGGUGCAUUCAAUGGCAACCGAUAAAUCGUCCAUCAAUAAAAAAUGUUGUGCAAAUGUUGGAAACCGGAGAGGAUAUCGAGUUAAUUGUGCCUCCUAAUCCUUUUCACUCGAUGACUUCCAUAACCACUAAUGAUCAACGCACUUUGGCAAGAAGAACUUUUCAAAUGGAAGUGAUUCAGAAAUAAAAGAAGAUACUUAUUUAUUGAAUCCCUCAUCAUAGGAAAGAAUUGAGUAUCUUAAUAAUUUGUAAAAAUCUAGAAGUUGUUUGUAUGCGAGUAGUGCGCGUAAACAUUGUUCUGUAAAAAA